AUGGCUCGCAAAAUCUCCACGCCACCGCCCCGCCGCCUCACCGGGAGCACGCGAGGGACGCCACCGCCUAAACCAUCGCCAAAGAGGGCGCCGACAACUCCAUCUCCGCCACCAAAGAGGUCUCCAACGGCGCCAGCCAAGAGGCACAGUCAUUCACCACCAAAGCCCACAGAUGGACAUCACUCACCAGCAAAGCCACCACCGAGUUCUCCUGAGCAUCAUGGAGCUGGACAUCCACCACCGAGCUCUCCGCCCACCAAGGAACAUCGAGCAGCAGAGCCAAAGAGGCACCAUGGACAUCGACGAGCUGAUGAUGGAGCUGCUACAGGGCCGCCACCUUCUUCUUCGCCGCCCAACAAGGCCGACACUGUAACCUGGCGACCAAGGAGGGCCGGGCCAUCAUCGCCACCACCUUCGAGCAUAACGUGGAACCCAAGGCCGCCAUCGCCACCACCUUCGACCAUAACGUGGCAACCAAGGCCCCUUGGCUUGGACACCUCUCCGCCUACGGCGUCGUCAGCACCAUCUUCAGCAGCAGCAGCAGCUGCAGCUGCAUUCGUGGCAUCACCUGGUGUGCUCGCGGCAGGCAUCGUUAUGCUCCUGCUCGCACUGGUAGCUAUCGUCACUGGAGUCUGGAUACUCUUGAAGAGGAGAAGGAACAAGGUGCACGGCGACAUCCACCACGACGACAUCCUGGUGGAGGAUGGCCACCAGCCUAGCGGUGGCAACAGCGGCAGCAGCAGCAACCAGCGGGAGCACCUCAUUACCAAAGUGGAGCCUCGACCAUCAUCGCAGUUGAAUGCCGGCAGGAAGAAGGCGGCUGCUGACCCCCUAAUUCGCGAGCUCCUGAGGCCACCAAGGCGGCUGCCACCGUCUGCCCUUCCCGCUGCGAAGGCUGUUCUCAACCACUCCGGAGGAUGA